UCGUGCGACGGUGGGCAGUCAGUCGUCGUCGCGCCGUAUUGACGUUUGUGGUAAUGGAGUGCGAUCCGGUCGAAACCGCGGCUGUUGAUUAUAAUACACACAUUAGACUGCAAUAAUAAUUUUCAAAACCUUUUGAACAGUGCAUAUUUACUGUUUAUUUUUUACUCGUGGGCCGCCACAAAAUUUUAUACACUCAUCGCAUUGUUUACAUAUUUUAUUGGAUGCGGUUACGUUUAUUUUUUACCUUCGUUUUUAAAUUAUUCACAUUUUUUUAUCUAUAGAAAUAUCAACGACAACUUUUCUGUUCGUUAUUCAAUAUAUUAUAUCAUAGCGUUUCGACGUCGACGGGAAUCAUUUGUUAUUCUUAUUCGCGUAUUAAUAUUAUCAUACUACCUACGACGACCGACGGUUAUGUGCGACCGGCUAUGAGUUCGCCAAAGUCGUCGGACAGGAAAUCGGGUAGGAAACAGUCGUUUUCACAACAACGGUCCUCCAACGAAGACAUUUAUCAGCAGGACGAAUACGACACUCCGAAUCAGAUACUCGACCGAGUGAAAUGUGAUCAUGUAACUGUUACAAAACCAGAAGAAGAUCGACGGAGAAGGACCAUAAUUGUUGAGAAAAAAAAUGGAAGUUAUGGCUUUAUGCUUCAAAGUUAUGGCAUUCACUAUAAAAAAGAGCAGGAGAUUGAAAUGAUAACGUAUGUGGAUCACGUAGACUACGAUGGACCGGCAUAUAGAGCUGGGAUGAGAGAAGGUGACGUAAUAUUGUCAAUAAAUGGCGUCGACAUGGAAAAAGCUGACCAUAAAGCAUUGGUAAGCUUUAUAAAAAGCUGUGAUUCACGAAUGAGAAUGGUGGUGCUAUUUGAAGACUGCGUGCGAAAGGUCGACUUACACAUGAGAUAUAUACAACUUCAGCGUACGCUUCAGGCCAAAGUCGAAGAACUAGAAAAGGUCGAAAUCAAAGAGAGAGAGCUCAUGGAAGGAAAAUGGAAAACGCACAGUUUACCGGCAAGAAAAAAGUCUAGUCAUUCUUCUAAAGACGCUGCCAACCAAAAAAUAUUGACUGAAAACGGUGAAAGUUCUAUGUCUAGGCCUACAUUAUCGACUGAAGACGUGGCYAAAGUGCAGCCAAUUUAUGUGCCCAAACAAAAUUUUAUGUUGGCUUAUCGACCACACCAUUUCAUCGAUCAGCACGGACGUUCCUACUACUUGCAUCAGCCUGCCACUGCCAUAAUCAAUGGAGAUUCAAGUUACGUCGGUUGGCACAGCAAUCGUUCAAUUAACAGCAGCAAAAGCUGCGACCAACAGGAAAACUGGGCGCCACCGGAUCAACYGGUUCAGCAGAGAAGACGAUCACAUUACGUGGUGGAAGUCAGCCGGCGGUGCAGCACAUCGUCGGACGUGCCAAAUCGUUCGCAGCAACAGCAGCCGCAUUGCAAACAGCACAACUUCACCAACAGAGCAUCGCAGCGGUCUUCAUCACAAGACUGCAAAUCGGAGGGUUCGUAUUGCCGGAAGGGACACGAUAAACGGCGCAACUCGACCAGGAAUGAAGCGUCCGACGAACACAAYCCAUCGCUGCAGUACGUUACCGGUACCGGCGGUAACCAUGGUUACACCAAUCUGGUAAACGAUCGGUACGCGUCAGACGAAAGGAUGUGUCAAAGCACGUCGAUCGGCGGGGGAGGCGGUAGCCGACCAUCACAAAACAGCCUAACGGAGAACAGCCCAGCGUCGUACACAACGUCGCUGAGCACGGACACGCUGUACUGGGACGACGACCCGAUGGUUGCGGGUCAGCAGUCGGCCGCAUCUCGGCAGCACUCGGUCAAGUCACAGUCGUCAUCGACGUACCGGCGCGACAACUGUACCGUCAAGCCGGUCAAAUCGUGGGACAACCUAACCACCAAGGCGUUCGGUGGUUACGGGUUCGGUUACGAGUAUUUGGACCGCGACCAGAUCGUCAACAAUGGCGCCAGCGGAGGCGGCACUGGUUCUGGACAGCAUCACAUGGUAUACCUGCAGCUGAAGAACGUCAAGGGCGGACAGAAACACCACGGCGGUCACCAUCACCACCAUCAUCACAACCACCAACACCCGCAGCAACACGGCCAUCAAAACAACAAUCAACAACGUUCCAACAACAACGGYCACCAUCACCAUCGCCACAACGCCGGCGGCCGGAUCCGUCACCCGACCAAGUCCACGGAGACGCUGCUCACGCUACCGCCGCAGUACCCGAUCGCGGCCAUCGAGUCGUCGGCCAGCUGCGAGUACUUGGACGCUUGUUCGUCGUCCUCUUCGUUGGCGGCCGGCGGUUACUUCGCGGGUUACGUCAGGAAUAACGACAAGGCCAGUCAGACGGACUGCCGGAGAUACGCGGCACAACAUCAGCAGCCGCCGCCGCCCGAGGUGACGAGGCUCUGAUGAGAAUCUCCAACAACACGUUUUUUUAUUGAAUUAUUAAUUAUUAUUAUUUUAUCGUGUUAAACAAUUUUUUUUUUWAAUUUUUAUUCUUCACCRCGUCUAUUCUAUAUUGUAAUCGGGGUUUUUUUUUACGCGACGAGAAAUUGUAAUAUAAAAAAUAUUAGAUUUAUCAGCCAUAUAUAUAUCCCGCCAUAUAAUGAGAUUUUGUUUUCUAUGCAUUUAUACCUUCGUUUUAUUUACGAAAAUACUACUAUAUAUUAUGUAUAUAUCAUUAUAAAAUCUCAGAUUUAUCUCUAGUCAUCGACAUUAUGUUAUGAUGUUACAUUAGUAUAUAUAUUAUUACUAUUAUCCGAGUCUUAAUAGCUACGUWGAGUSCGUUAUUUUACUAUAUUAUAUAGAUCAUAUUAUUAUUUAUACUAUUAUUCUAAUACCAUACGCAAUAUACGGAUCUUAAAAUAAAAUAAAGUGUAACGCCUCUGUCGCAAUGUAUUAUAAUUUUAUGUUUGAAUUUUUAACUUAAACCGUGAAACAGUGGAUCAUCUGUUCGUCGUCGUAUAUAGAUGACGUGUCGGUAUCAGAUAAUCGUCACUACAUAUAUAAAAAAACAGUCGUGUCGCGGAAGGCGCUUGCAAUGUUGUACAAUAACAUUAUCAGAUAUUUACUUAUAAUAUUAUAAUUACGUGUAUGAUGGUCGAUACGCAGGCACAUUUCGGAUAGUUUUACGCGAUGGUCUGCUUUCCGAUCGAUAUCGGUGUGGCUGCAGGUUAAUAUAGGUAUUUUUAAGAUGUCCGCGACAGAUUUCCGUUCGAAAACACAAUAUAAACCUAAAAUUCAACAAURUAAUAUAUAUACUCGUCCAAAACGAUCGCACAGAAGAACGCGUCCGAUACCGAGUGAUCAAGGUGAAGCUGCUUAAUAUAGAAAUAUUCAAAAUCAAAAUAUUCGUCGUGCGCUAUCCCAACUCCCUGCAGUUUAUCUAUAUAUAUAGUACUAGUACAUAAUACUAUACACUCGGAGUCGAAAUAAUAUCGUUUAGCGCUUAUAAAAGCUAUACGUUAGAAUAAUAUACUCGAGCUUACCGUGUCCAUGCACGAAUUUCAUAUCGUUAUUUUAUGAUAAUAUACAUUUUUAACGCAUUUUUACUAUUUUCUAUCGGAGGGGUCGUCUUGUUUUAACCGCGAUAAAUUCUACAUUGGUGGUCCACUGUUUCACGCGAUGUAUUGUAUUUUUUUGAAUUUGCACAUGAGUGUAAUA